CCCCGGCUCCUGCACCACCACCACCAUUCAACCACCACCCCUCGAUGAACGCAACCCAAAGACGCCCGGGAGGCCGCCGCGGCCGCCGCGGGCGGCAACGCCAACCAGCACCUGCUGUCCGGCGGCGCGGGCCUCAGCAUGGGCAGCCCCAACGUCAACAACAACAGCAUCAUCCAGCCGCCGCCCCCCUCCAGCACGCCCGGCGGCCUCAGCUACUUCCGCAACGACGACAGCAUGAAGAGCCCCUUCCGCUUCGACGACCCGCGCAGCCCCUUCCGCUUCACGCCCGAGGACGCGGGCGUGAUGGUGGGCCGCCUGGGCGAGUCGCUCAUCCCCAAGGGGGACCCCAUGGAGGCGCGCCUGCAGGAGAUGCUGCGCUACAACAUGGACAAGUACUCCACGCAGAACCUGGACACGCUGCACAUCUCGCGGCGCGUGCGGGAGCUGCUGUCCAUCAACAACAUCGGCCAGCGGCUGUUCGCCAAGUACGUCCUGGGGCUGUCGCAAGGCACCGUGUCCGAGCUGCUGUCCAAGCCCAAGCCCUGGGACAAGCUGACGGAGAAAGGGCGCGACAGCUAUCGCAAGAUGCACGCGUGGGCGUGCGACGAGAACGCGGUGCUGCUGCUCAAGUCGCUCAUCCCCAAGAAAGGCAAGGAUUCGGGCAUCCCUGCGUUCGGACGCGGCGACGCAGACAACAUGACUGAAGAGCGCAUCGCGCACAUCCUGAGCGAGGCGAGUCAGAUGAUGAAGGUGGAGGACAGUCACAGCAACGACAGCAAGUCGCCCAACCAAGGCCAGUUCUUUACAACCCUUCAGUUCUCAGAACCAUGCUUCACUGUCUGA